UCCAAAUCCCUCACCAAGAAACACACACAACCCAUCAACACCUCCUCAGACUCUCUCUCUCUCUCAUAGAAAACUAAGCUCUUUACAGUAUCUCUAAAAAUGGCGAAAGGUGGAAAGCUACUGAAGCUCAAGUCGGUCCUCAAGAAGUGGAACUCAUUCAGCAAAAGCAACCGCCACAGCAUCAACUCUGUAGCCUCCGCCGACGACGACAGCUACUCUUCCUCCAACGACGUCGUCUCCUCCAGAGACCUCCAACCAGUCUACGUCGGCAAGUCCCGAAGACGCUACCUCGUGGGCCCCGACGUCGUCGACCACCCCCUCUUCAAGGAACUGGCGGAGAGAUCCUCAGACGACGACACAAUCAAUGUCGCAUGUGAGGUGGUGCUGUUCGAGCACCUGCUCUGGAUGCUCGAAAACGCCGAUCCUCAGCCGGAAUCGAUGGACGAACUCGUCGAGUUCUACGCUUGCUGAUCGAGAAAGAAGAAGGAAUGUAUAUGCAUGGUAACUACUAUUACUACUAGGUGAAAGCUGAAAGUGACUGAGAAAUUAAGAAGAAUAAGGAAGGAAGAGGAGGAGGAUUGUACAUUCUUUUUUUUCUUAAUUUUAAAAAUUAUUGUAGGUAAUUAGAGAUUAAGAGUGUGAUUUGGUUGUACGGUUGAGGAUGAUUUAACCCAAUAUUUCACAUCCAUCUGAGGCUCUGAUCGAGCUGGUCGACAUUCGUCAGCUCAAUCUUUACCAUUGUUCUUAAAGAUAUGUAUUAAUCUAUAUUUCUAAUACAUUUUCUCUCUUUGGUCUGA